CCAAAAUUUUAUACGCGGACGCCCGCAAUAAACCAGUAUCACAACAAAACGCACGUGUUGGCGGCCGGUGCGUGAUGCUAAUAGGCUAAUAGUGUUGCAUCAGCUCGUAAAGUAAGACGAACAUUGAUAACAACAACUAGUGCAUCAUGCUGAAGCCAAUCCUUCAUCAAAUGGCCACCAAUCGUGUGGUGUUGGCUAGUGGAUCACCGCGGAGACAGGAGUUGAUUCAGAAUAUCGGCCUCUCCGCCGUCCACCUGUGUCCCUCGUACUUCGAGGAGAACCUGGACAAAUCAAACUAUUCGUUCGCCGAUUAUGUCGCCGAAACGGCUUACCACAAGGUGUUGGAAGUGUACAACCGGCUAACCGCAAGCACUGAUCCUACUGAACGGCCCGACGUGGUCAUCGGUGCCGACACGAUGGUCACCAUGGAUGGCAAAAUGUACGGCAAACCAAAAACACCGGAGGUGGCAUUUCAGAUGCUCAGCGAACUGAUGGGCAGGCAGCAUAUCGUCUACACGGGGGUCGUCAUCAAAUACCACGACCGGGAGGUGAAAUUUACAGAAGCUUGUAACGUGCACUUCGGGAAGGCAACCGCGGAGCAGAUUCAAGCCUACGUCGACACCGGAGAGCCAUUAGAUAAGGCCGGUGGAUAUGGCAUUCAGGGCAUCGGGGGGACGUUUGUGGAGAAAAUCGAAGGCGACUACUUCACGGUGGUUGGGCUGCCCCUGUAUCGAAUAUCGGCCGAGAUGUGCAAACUGUUCGGGUAUGACGUUACCAAGUGAGGCUGUUUGAGGGGGGCAUGCAUUUAUUGAACCGAGUUCCUUAAUAAAAGUUACAAAAAAGAGGAAAAUGUAGGCUAAAUCGACAAUAUAACACCUAAUUGCGGGA